GUUGGAUUGAAGCUACACAGGUGACUGCAUUUUCAAUUAUUUUCUUCAUGAGUCGCUUGUUGAUUAAAGUGGUGCUGUGUUUUCUUCAGGGACGAGCCAAUCAAUUUUUUGAUGGUCAUUAGAGAUUGAAAUCAAUUUGGCGUUAUUAUGGCGAGGUUUUCUGAAAUAGCUAGAGCUUAUAUAAAAUUAGUCAUCUUACUCUAAACCGAGGACAAACAUUUGCCCUGCUAAUGAUGCAUUUUUUGGUCCUUUUAGUGAUGAAUUCUGUUCUUGCCUUGGUAUGGACCAGUAAUGAGCAGACUUGCAAACGUUGGGGUAGACUUGAUUUGCUGGGUCUAUCGAAGGAUGGAGAUAUCAUAUUAGGUGGAAUUUUUGGGAUGCAUUCAUACCACAUUGAGCAUCGCCAAUUCACGUUCAGCAAUCACCCGGAGCCAGCAAAAUGCGUCAGCUUUCGGUUCAGACCUUUCCGUUUUGCACUGGCGAUGAUUUUUGCAAUCGAGGAAAUAAAUAAUGAUACAGCUCUGCUUCCUGGAGUCACACUGGGAUACCGCCUGUACGAUUCUUGUAAGUUGACUCAGUUAUCGCUGAAAGCAGCUAUGGCGUUACUGAACAAACCCGAAGCAAACACGCCCUCUGUUAAUUGUAAAAACUCCUCCACUGUUUCUGCCAUUGUUGCUGAUUCUGGAUCUACGAGGUCUUUAGCAAUAGCACCUUCCAUGGGUAUCUUUAGAAUCCCUAUGAUUAGUUAUUUUGCAACCUGUGCAUGCCUGAGCAAUAGAAAAGAAUAUCCAUCAUUUUUUCGAACAAUACCGAGUGAUUACUAUCAGGCUAGAGCAUUAGCCCACCUGGUGAAGCGUUUUGGAUGGACCUGGAUUGGGACAGUUAAGAGCGACGAUGACUAUGGAAACUUUGGAAUGCACGCAUUUGAAGAGGCAGUUCAAGAGUUAGGCGUUUGCAUAGCCUUUUCUGAGUCGUUCCACAUAACAUACGCUCGAGAGAAAUUACUGAAAACAAUUGACACCAUAAAAACCUCUUCUGCAAAAGUCAUCGUUGCCUUUGUGGGAGAGUCAAACAUGCGGACUCUACUAAAAGAAAUGAUUAGACAAAAUGUCAGCGGCAUACAAUGGAUUGGAACUGAAUCAUGGGUUUCUGCAUUGCUGCUUUCUCCGAAGGAAACCACAAAGAUUGCUUCUGGUACAAGAGUUGCAAUUCGCAAAGUCCAUAUACCAGGGUUGAGAGAGUUCCUCAUGAAAGUUCAUCCAUCUUUGUAUCCAGAGAACCUUUUGGUCAAACUGUUUUGGGAAAGUUGUUUUGGCUGUACUCUAACUGAUGGAAACAAAACAGAUUCACAAAAAACUGAAUCGGAGCUGAAGAAAUGCACAGGAAGAGAGAAUUUACAAGAUAUCUUAAAUGAAUUUACUGAUGUCUUGCAAUACAGAGUCACUUACAAUGUGUACAAAGCAACUUAUGCGAUAGCUCAUGCACUUCACAUUAUGGCGUCAUGUAAAACUGGGUCAGGGCCUUUCUACAAUGGGAGUUGUGCCAAUAUUUCAAAUUUUCAACCAUGGCAGUUACUAUACUAUAUGAGAACAGUGAAUUUCACAACCAAGAUCGGAGAAAAAGUUUAUUUUGAUGCAAAUGGAGACCCUGUCGCAACAUAUGAUAUUGUAAACUGGCAACCAAAUGCCCUCGGUAACAUCGACAUUGUAAAUGUUGGUCUCUAUGAUGGAUCAGCUCGGUUUGGAGAAGAACUUUCAAUAACAGAAUGGGCGAUUGUUUGGAGUGGCGGUCAGAAAUCGGUGCCUAAAGCUGUUUGUUCUGAAAGCUGCCACCGAGGAACAAGAAAAGCAGGAAGAAAAGGACAACCCGUUUGCAGUUUUGAUUGUAUACAAUGUGCACAAAGUGAAAUUAGUAACACAACUGAUUCCAUUCAUUGCUUAAAAUGUCCAUUGGAAUUCAAAUCUAAUGAAAGACGGGAUCAGUGCAUUCCAAAGGAAAUUGUGUUCCUUUCCUUUUUCGAGACAACGGGAAUCAUUUUGAUGACACUGGCGCUGUUUGGAGCCUGCACCACUGUUGCUGUACUUGCAAUAUUCUACAGACACACUCCAAUUGUGAAAGCUAAUAACUCUGAGUUAAGCUUCCUUCUUCUUUUUGCCCUGACACUUUGUUUUCUGUGUUCAAUUACAUUCAUCGGUGAACCUUCAGUUUGGUCAUAUAUGCUCUGCCAUGUCACUUUUGGUAUUAGUUUUGUUCUUUGUAUUUCUUGUGUAUUGAGUAAAACAAUUGUUGUGGUGAUGGCAUUCAAAGCAACAUUUCCUAGCAAUAAUAUGAUGAAGUGGUUUGGACCAAGACAGCAACGGCUGACGGUUUACAUUCUUACACUGGUACAAUGUACAAUAUGUACUACCUGGUUAAUUGCCUUUCCACCUUAUCCAUUGAAAAGCACUAGUCACUCUAAUGAGAUAAUCGUGUUUGAAUGCAAUGUAGGAUCUUCGUUAGCCUUCUACAGUGUACUCGGUUAUAUUGGAUUUCUGUCCUGUGCAUGUUUUGUCGUAGCUUUUCUGGCUCGACAACUUCCAGAUAACUUCAAUGAAGCGAAACACGUAACAUUUAGCAUGCUUAUCUUUUGCGCAGUUUGGAUAACUUUCAUUCCAGCUUACAUAAGUUCGCCAGGGAAAUAUUCUGUGGCAGUUGAAGUAUUUGCUAUUUUGGCUUCCAGCUUUGGUCUACUUAUUUGCAUUUUUACUCUGAAAUGUUAUAUUAUUCUGUUGAAGAAAGAGAACAAUACAAAGAGGAACAUGAUGGGCUCAGUGGGUUCCAAAAAAUUCUUUAAGAGUGUUGAUAAAUGAGACACAGAUGUUUUAGUAGAUAAUUACCUUGUCAUAAUGAUAAUGAAUGGAAAUUCCAUGUGAAGAGCCAUAAAGCAAAAUAUUGUACCAGCACUCAUUUUACAUAAUCGAACAAUGACCUGCAAUACGUGCAAUUUUGAAGUUUGGCUAAUAAUUUUGACUAUUUUAUACAUCUGCCCCAAGUUUCAUUUGCAUGAAACUGUGGAGCAGAGGAACCUCACUUACCCAGCAUUCAAUUAUCUGAAUUUCAGAUUAUCUGAACAAUGUCACAAGGUCCUGACGCUUGGUUAAACUGUUUUAUCCAACAUUCGAUUACCUGGCAUUAGAUUAUCCAAACAAAGUAGUCCCUGCCUGUGUCGUUCAGAUUAUCAAGGUUCCUCUUGUAAUCAGAACUGAAUGGUGUGUAACCUAUAUUUAUUGAAAGAUGGAUCAAAGUUACUUUUUGUUUCCUUAUUGUGACUUGAAUUUCUUUAUUGCAUGGAGAUUCUAUUUGAAACUUGCUUGAUCUGUGAAUAAAAACUCAAUUCUGAAGCUUGGUCUAUUCAAAUGUCCAAAUAGAUUGCUCACAUCGUUUUCACAAAGGACUUCAAUAAAAAUGCUGUCACUGUGCCAAAUUGACAUUGAAGGGGGUCGCUGGUGGGAAGGUGAGAUGAUGAUGUUGGAAGAGGGAAGGUUUUGGAAACUUUGAGUUCACCAUGUUGGCAGUAAUGUGGAAAACUCAAUAUUUGGUCUUUUUCAGAAUUAGUUUUCUAUUCAUAUUCCAAAGGAGCUCACAAAUAAUUAUCUUCUCCCGUUCUUAAUGAGGACAUAUCUGUAAUAUGCACUGACUAACCAGCAGGCUUUCUACGCUUCUUAAA